AUGCUGUUCGAAGAAUCCUACAAGGAUGUGCCCACGACGGCAGCCGGCAAUGGCACAAUGCGCAUCUUUCUCUUCCAUCCCACAAUCCCGGGAUACCCUCAUGCGAAGUUUCCCGGUGUAGUGGUGUUCUCGGAAAUUUAUCAAGUUACUGGCCCGGUUGCUCGGUUUGCUCGUCAGAUUGCUGGACAAGGCUUCAUUGUCGCGUGUCCGUCGUCCUACCAUGAGUUCACUGGCCCCGAACCUCUUGCAUAUGACGGCCCUGGCACGGAUGCUGGUAACGAGUGGAAAAUCACCAAGAAGGUUGCGGCGUACGACGAGGACGCACAACUCACGGUGUCGUUCCUCUUGGGGUUGAAAACGUGCAAUGGCAGAGUGGGAGCUACAGGGAUGUGUCUCGGAGGCCAUCUUGCCUACCGGUGUGCCCUGGACCCAAGAGUCAGCGCGGCGCUGUGCUUGUUUGCCACGGACAUUCACAGUUCUUCUUUGGGUGAAGGAAAGAAGGAUGACAGCCUGAAGAGAGCAGGGGAUAUCAAAGGAGAGCUUGUCAUGGUCUUUGGCAAGAGUGACCCUCAUGUCCCAGCGGAAGGUCGAGACCUGAUUCGCAAGACUCUUCACGAAGCAGGAGUUGAAUUUUCCUUCUACGAAGUCUUCGCGGCUCAACAUGCCUUCAUCCGUGACGAGUUGAGCAAAGGGCGUUACGACCCUGCGGUCACCAAGGUCUGUUUCGAGAUGCUCAUGGAGCUCUUCAACAGGAGACUGAAGAUUGACCUCGGCGCACCAAGCGGAGAGAAAUUGGUUGUGGAAGACGUGUGCUAA